AUGGCUCCCCCAGCACCAGCAGCAAGAGGUGGCCGUAAAGGUGGCGAUCGAAAAUCGAAAUCGGCUCGUGCAGGUGUUCUUUUUUCGGUACCACGUUUUCAUCGUUAUAUAAAAAAGAGUACUCCAAAGAGUCGUGUAACUAUGGCUGCUGCAGUUUAUACAGCUGCUGUGAUUGAAUAUUUAACAGCUGAAGUUCUCGAAUUAUCAGGUAAUGCAGCUAAAGAUCAUAAAAAACAACGUAUCAAUGCACGCCAUGUAUUUUUGGCUGUUAGCAUCGAUGAAGAACUCAAGAAGCUUCUUCAUGGUGUAACAAUUCCACAAGGCGGUGUUUUACCACAUAUUAAUUCAUUUUUAUUCAAAACUAAAUCAGGUAGUGACGAUCAUAGUCAAUCGGCACCUAAGUCAGAUGCAUCUCGUUCAAAUACAGCUUCAGUACCUCGAGCACCAUCAGCACUUACAACAAAGAGUGCAUCAACUGGUGCUGCUGGUGGUAAAACAAGUUCAUCGGCUGCAACAACAACAAAGAAGACAGCUUCUGUAUCAGGUGGAAAUACAAGCAGCACUGCUUAA